GUUGUGGUUGGGCCAAGGGCGGGACUCCUAAAAAUCUGGGCUGUGAGUCCGUGGAGGAGGGGGGGAGGCAGGGAGGCAGGGAGGCGAGGGUAAGGGAGAAGGGAGGGAGCGAGGGAGCGAGGGAGUAGGAAGGGGCGGAGAAGAGGGGAGUUCUAGUGUAUUGGAGUAGUGAGUGAGUGAGUCUCGAGGUGCCGUGUCGAGUUGGCUCACGUUUGUUCGUGGUUGUGUCAUUACUGGCCGUCGGUGUCGUUGUCGUCGUGAGGUGGGCAGAGGAGAGAGUGACCGUAGGCAGGUGCUUGGUCGUUCUGUUGGUCGAGGAAGCGCAGCCGAGUUCUGAACACCAUGCCUCCGAAGAGAAAGGCACCUGCUAAGAAGAAGGAAGAAUCGCCACCACCAUCGGAGUCGGAGAUUGAGUCUGAGGAAGACGACGUCGAGUCUGACAUCGAGCCGGAAUCGCCGAAGCCCAAGAAGGCCAAGGCACCUGCUAAGCCGAAAGCUCCACCCAAGCCCAAGGCUGCCCCUGCUCCUAAGAAAACCAAAGCCGUCCCAGCUAAGCCAGCUGCGAAGGUCGCACCCCCGAAGAAAGAGGCCAAAAAAGCCCCUCCCAAAGCUCAAGAGCCUGAGAAGCCAGCCCCUCCUGCUGCCACACCAGAGAAGAAAGCACCUGCCAAGAGUGGCUCAAAGCAGAUCAUCAUCGAGCACUGCAAACAAUGCAACAGUUUCAAACAGCGGGCCUUCAAAAUUCAAGACCUUUUGAAGGGUUCUGUCCCUGACGUGGAGAUCACAAUCAAUCCCGAGAAGCCGAGGAAGGGAGUUUUUGAAAUCCGAGAAGCCGGCACCGGCGGCAAAGUCUUUCUGUCCCUUACGGGCUUGGUCAGACCUUUCGUCAAACUGAAAGCAUUGAACUUGGAGGAGACAGCGCAAGACGUUGUUGCCCAGAUCGCCUGAGCGUCGAAGAAGAAACAUUUUGACUUAGUGAUGGGAUCCAGGGAAGAGUGUAAAGCACUCAGCCUCUAAACUCAGUGUGCACCUGCGGGCUCGCCCACUUAGUGAGCAUGCGCAGUAUCUACGAUACUACCGUGCAGCAGCAUUCAGAUCGCACACCUAUGGGCUGUUACUUAAUACUUUUCAUGUUGUGGACGGCAGUACCACCUUUGUG